UUGAAGGCCGGAGAGGUGGGUGAAAUACGGGACGAUGAUCUUAAGGGGAUCUUCCGAGAGUUCGAUUUAAAUGGUGACGGAUUUAUCCAAAGGGACGAAUUGCGAUCAGUUAUGCAGAAGAUGGGACAAUCGCCUACUGAGGAGGAGUUGGAUGCCAUGUUCAACGCGGCUGACCAGGACAACGAUGGAAAUAUUGACUUCAAGGUUAUGAAGAAAAAUGCCCUUGUUCAGCAAAUUAAAGCACAUUUAAAAGUGAGAAACGUACUCAACAUCUUCAGAUCCGAGCUGCGAACAGCGUUCCAGCGAAUGGGUCACUCGCUUUCCGAUCAGGAUAUUAAAGCCAUUUAUAAACAUGUCGACGCCAACAAUGACGGAAAAAUCAAUUUUCAAGGUAGAGAUUUCCUAUUUUCUCUCUUUUCUUGA